GGGAGGUUGUUUUGUUGACAUCGGCCGAAAACGAAAAACUGAAGAGAACGUAGCUAGCUAAAUAUUAAAAAACAUAUUAAUGAAUUGAAUCAACAACAGAACUACCGCUGUGUAAAGAUAAGCUUCUUGUAGGCCUAAACCCAAAGUUAGGGAGGUCUUAAGCACUGCCUCUUCUUGUCGACCAACUCGUCCAUCCCAAUGCAUACCCUUUGAGAACUUCCCAGCACCCACCUCCGGAGGCCAUCUGCUUUGCCCUUUUGUUGUCAAACAAGGGGUUGGGAGAAGCAGCCGCUGACAUGGCAUCCAAAGCAGGGGACAACCCUGACAGCCUCAUGGCGCUGUCCACAGCCUUUUGCCUGAGGAACCUAAGGAAGACCAUGUGCUACCUAGGUGACAGAAACAAGCUCUGUCUGCGCUCUGACGUCUUCCUGCCCAGUGAGAUAUGUGACAAGCUGGUCAACACAUACAUGGAACUGGUACACACAGACAGCAACUUUAAACCACAGGACGGCUUCUUCCAGCUGUUUUCGGACCCACGCAGCACUAGGCUUACCCGGAUCCAGCUGAGGGAGGACAUUGUCCAGGACAGGGACCUGGAGGCCAUUGGGAAACAGGACUUGAUCGAGCUCCACCUCACCUCCUGCCACAACCUAUCAGCACGCAGCCUCAGGACUCUGACCAGCUUUCGCCAGACGCUGGUUUCCCUCAGCCUGUUCGGCUGCAGCCGCAUCUUCUACCGCAAAGGAGGUGCCCCGCUGGCGUUUGACGAGGAGGAGGAAGAGGAGGAGGAGGAGCGGCCGGCCUCCAGACAGGCACUGGACACAGACUUCAGCUUUCAGGGCUUCAACCGGCUCAGGCUCCUCAACCUGGGGGGUUUACCGGAGGAGGUGGAUGUUGAGGGCCUGCUGAAGCCCCUACCGGCCCUCACCUCCCUGGACCUGUCCGGUGUUCAGCUGCCCCGGGCUGCCUUCCUGGCCCAGUGGAAGGAGAGGCUGGCCUCGCUGGUGCUUUACAAUGUGGACCUGUCGGAGGAGCUGAUCAACACGGUGGUGGAGCUGGGGCACCUCCGGCACCUGGAUAUCUCCCGAGAGCACACCUCCAAGUUCAAGAUGACCCGAAAGACCCUGACAGCCAUCGUGCAGGGCCUGGUCAACCUGGUGUCCCUGGACAUCUCGGGCCACAUCAUGCUGGACAACUGCACAGUGCCGCACUUUGAGGAAGCCAUGGGACGUCCAAGCAUUGAACCCUGUAAGAGCAGCAUUUACCCAUUCCAGGAGCUGAAGAGGCCUCUGCAGUUUCUGGGUCUUUACAACACCACACUGUGUAAUGUGACUCACAUCCCGGCCUACAAGGUCACAGGCUCUAAGAAUGAAGACCAGGUUCUGAACGCCAUUGAGGCCUACACAGAGUUCCGCCCGGAGCUAGCCCACCGAGCCAUCAACCAGCUGUUCGACAUAGCCAGGAUACAGCACUGCAGCCAGCUUCUGCGGGCGUUGCAGCUGGUGAUUGCCGCGCUGAAGUGCCACAAGUACGACAAGAGCAUCCAGGUGACCGGCAGCGCCGCCCUCUUCUACCUAACCAACACAGAGUACCGCAGCGACCAGAGUGUGCGACUGCGCCGCCAGGUCAUCCAGGUGGUUCUCAACGGCAUGGAGCAAUACCAGGAGGUCACGGUUCAGAGGAACUGCUGCUUGACUCUGUGUAACUUCAGCAUCCCGGAGGAGCUGGAAUUCCAGUAUGGUCGGGUCAAUCUACUACUGCUGAAGAUCCUGGAGCCGGCUCGGCAGGAUGAGUCCAUCCAGCGUAUCGCUGUUCACCUCUGCAACGCCCUGGUCUGCCAGGUGGACAACCACCACAAGGAGGCCGUGGGCAAGAUGGGCUUUGUCAAAACCAUGUUGAAUUUGAUUCAGAAGAAGCUACAAGACAGGAUGUGUGACCAGGUGAUGGAGUUUUCCUGGAGCGCCCUGUGGAACAUAACCGAUGAGACGCCAGACAACUGUCAGAUGUUCCUCAACUGUCGGGGGAUGAGCCUCUUCCUGGAUUGCCUGAAGGAGUUUCCGGACAAGCAGGAGCUUCACCGUAACAUGUUGGGGCUGCUGGGUAAUGUGGCAGAAGUGCGGGCACUGCGGCCACAGCUUCUUACACCACAGUUUAUCUCUGUUUUCAGUAACCUGCUCGACAGCAAGGCCGAUGGGAUCGAGGUGUCGUACAACGCUUGUGGAGUGCUGUCACACAUCAUGUUUGACGGCCCAGAGGUGUGGGCCAUGGAGGAGCCUUUGAGAGAGACGGUUAUGGACAAGAUGAUGGCUGCUAUCCAGAGCUGGGACGUCACAUCCCGCCGGAAUAUCAACUACAGGUCCUUUGAACCAAUCCUGCGCCUGCUGCCCCAGAGCAUCGCACCAGUGAGCCAGCACUGGGCCACGUGGGCGCUCUUCAACCUGGUGUCCGUGUACCCGAGUAAGUAUUGCCCUCUGCUGAUCAAGGAAGGAGGGAUUAUUCUCCUGGAGAAAGUGCUGGAGCUCCAGACAUCGCACGAAGAGACCAAGGAAAUGGCACGGAAAGUGAUGGAGCAGUGUGAGAACUUCAAAGAAGACCCCAUGGAAACGACCAGGUAGACAAGGGCCAUCAGAGGUUGGUGUCAGGGGAGCAAUACAGCUACAGGAACAACAAGUCGAAACAUCAUAGGAGUCCUUCUUCACUAUCUUCUCACCGCAAGGGUCAAUUACGUGCAUCGAUUUACUGUAGAACAGAGCAACGUUUUGAUUAUAUAUUUUUUUUGCCUCCAACGGGCAUUCCGGACUGGACCUUGUUACGUGACACUAUUAGGAGGUUGAGAUGUGGUGCGCGGACUUCGUGUGUGCGUGUGUAUUUUUUGUGUUGCACAUGAUAAGCAUAAUUUGUUUUAUGGAUUUGUGUUCUCUUAAUGGUUUGUUUUGGGGUUUCUGGUGGGUGUGCUUGUCCUUGUUUGGGUGUGAGCGUGCUAGAGUGUGCGUGUGUGUAUGCGCAGAAAUAUGUGCUGGGGUGCGUUUGAUAUAACGAGGGGGGGGGGGGGUUUGCUUCUUUGAAAGCAAAAGGAGACAAAAACGGAGGUCCUUGCUGUCUUUCCUCGUCCGAUGUUUUGGGUCUAGCGAGAGGCCCUCCAUUGUAUAAGCUUAGGUCCCAACACACCGUCGUCAGAGAGCUUCGUUACGGCCAGCGGCCGCCUUGGCAGGAUGCCCAGCCCUCUCAGUGGUUUCUGACAACAGACAUUGUAAAUGGAUGAUUGGUGCCCUGAGGUGUGGACGAGCCACUGUCAUAUCCCAAGCAGCACUCAUCCCUGGACAGUUGUUAUUGCACAGUGGAGUCGCCAUGUCUGCCCGGGCCCCUCCGACCUACACAGACCAGCAGGGGGAGGGGAUCCGUGGCGAUGGCCCACCUGCAGUCUUCCUUGAGCCUGUGGCAUGGGCGUGGGGGUGGUCUUGUUUCUAUUUUUUUUUUUUUUUUUUUUUUUUUUUUACAUUUUUGGAGUUGUAGUUACAUUUUUGUUUCUGUCUGUUUUUAUUAUAUAUGAUUAUAAACACUCCAAUGAUUUAAUCUGUAAAUCUAGGCUUGGUUCCCUUUUCUUUAUAUAUUACCUACAAUGAAGCUGAGUGAUGAGAAACCAACCAGGGAGGACGAGUACUGUUAGGAUUUUAGGAAUCUCAAAAAGAAUAUGCUAAUGUUUUAAGUCUGAAUGUGGAUUUGUCAAAUGAAAAUAUUAUUGUGUCUCAUUGUAUACAUUUUUACACAUGCUACCUGCAUUUAGCAUACAGUGUCCUUCACCAUGAAAUCUGGAAUCAUCUUUAGAUUUUACACAUACAAAUUUUGUAUGUAAUUUCUGAACAUUUGGGAACCAUGUAAAAAAACUAAACCUUUGAUAUAUCAUAUUCAUAAAGUUGGCCUUGAUCAGCUAAUGUCAAAUGUAGAUUGGCUGCUAAAAUACUCACUGCAUCCAUCUUUAGACAACCUGACCAAGAAAUAUAAUGUAUGUUAAAACAGAUUUCAUUGAUUGGUCUAUGUUCAGAAAUAUGUGAAGCAAUUUCUCCCUACAGAAUGUGGUUUCAUAAGAUCUUGAUAUCUUUACAAAGAAUGAAAGGUUCCACAUUAGACUAAUUUGUAAUUGUUCGAUCCCUAGCUAGUGGUUUUAUUUACAUUUUUUACAUGCAGUCCCAAACAUUUAGAUAUUAACUUUUCAUUUUUUGAACAGAAAUCUUCUUUUCCAUUAGGUGUAGAAUUAUUUAAUCCUACCUUUUCCAUGUACAUUGUCUUAAAAAAUGUUUUUCAUGUGAUUUUGUAUGUUUGUAUUGUAUGCCUGGUUCAACUAUAUUUAUAUUGUUCUUUCACAGUUAUGGUGGGAGUUAGUUUUCAAAUGGGAGACCAAAAUGGGCAUGGCCUAUAGAAAUGGAAAAUAUACUAUAAUGUUAGAAACCUCACUUCAUUGUAAGUUUGAUAAUGUUGGAAUCUCUUAUAAUCAUUGGGCAGAGUAAAAGGGAGGGUUGUUGCUGGGUGAUUUCUGUAUGUCUGCAGGCUGCAGCAUUAGCUCUUAGCACUAAACAUAUCACACAAGUUAAUGAAAACAAAAGAUUAAGUUGCAAGUGUGGAACAUCUGAGGAAUAUGUAGGUAACACAUGACAUCUCAGUAGGUCAUAAUUGUGUUACCUACUGCCAAAAUGUGCAAGAGGUGAAUGCAUAUUGCUCACAUGGCAUCAUCGUUUUAAUCCCUUUCGGUAGCACCAAUAAUUUUACAUUUGAUUAAUUUCUCUGGUUUCAGUUAAUUAACAAUAAAGUUGAAGUGGUUAUAUUGUA